AUGGGAAAGACGACAAAACUCUACUGUCAGGACUGGGUCGUGGGGGCAUUGGGGGCACUCGAGCUUGCCAAAUUCGCACCUACGGGAACAGCGGGAUAUUGGCAGGACCAAACGAGCGAAGGCCCCAUCGGCAUUGGUAAACAACCUAUUGACGAUGGCAAACCUUGGUUGCGGAAGUCGACCAGAGAACCAGCACGGAAGUCACAAGUCGAUGCCAAGUUUGGUAAUACUGAAGAGCGCAGGCCCACUGGCAGGCUAAAUCUUGAGAACUACGCCCAUCUUAUGGGUGGUGUCAUAAAGGGAUAG